AUGCGCGGCCACGAGAGCUGCCUCCGAGCGCUGCACGAGCUUGGGGCUGGAGCGAGCCUGUCAGCUGCGAGUGCGAACGGAGCGACUCCCGCUCACCUCGCUGCUACGAGCGGCCACGAGAGCUGCUUGAGAGCGUUACACGAGCUUGGGGCGGCGGCGAGCCUGUCAGCGGCGGAGGAGGGCGGAUGGACUCCCGCUCACCUCGCUGCUUGGAGCGGCCACGAGAGCUGCCUGCGAGCACUACACGAGGGGGCUGGAGCGAGCCUGUUAGCUGCGAAUGCAGACGGAGACACUCCCGCUCACUUCGCUGCUUCGUGCGGCCACGAGAGCUGCGUCGAGUUUCUCGUCUCGAUCGGAGGCGCUGCUUCCUUGUUUGCCGACCUCGCCUCCUCACCUGGCCAGAUUGAGACGGACUACCCCGUCCUGCUCUCAAAGCCGUCGCUGCUCGUCUUGGCUGUCAAGCGGGCCUGGCUGCACGUGCGCCUCGAGGCGAAGGUGGGCGGCGCCGACGCCGUCAAGCUCUCGCUCGUGGCGAGGCGCGACAACAUCCUCGACGGCCUCUGCGCACAGCUGGGCGUCGACGAGACCACGGGCAGCCUUGUGGAAGGGACGCGCGCGCAGCAGCUUGAUGUGACGUUCGAUGGCGAGGCGGCGGCCGGCGACGCUUUGCGCCGGGAGUGGUUCGGCCAGGCGACGGCCGAAAUGGUCGACGGGCGGACAGGCCUCUUCUCUCCGGACGGGCAGCAAACGCUGCGGCCGAACCCGAACUCGGCCACUGAAGCUGGGCCGGACCACCUCUCGUACUUUGCACUUCUCGGGCGGAUCACCGGCCUGUCCCUCUACCACCAGGAGACGCUCAACGUCUCUUGGUCCACCGCCUUCCUCAAGGCGGCCUUCGGUUACGAGAUCGCCUUCGACGACCUAGAGCUGGAGGACCCGAGCCUGCACAGCUCGCAGACGCAGCUGCUCUCCUUGUCCGCGGAGGAUCUCGAGGCGGUCUGCCUCACCUUCGAGGUAAACGGCGACGAGGCGCUCGUCUACGAGGACUCGUCCAAGCGGCGGCGCGUCGUGGAGCUCAAGCCAGGAGGUGCUGACGAGGUGGUAACCCAGGCCAACCUCAAGGAGUACUUGCAGCUGUACGCCCGCCACAAGCUACUUGGCGCGAUCGAGCCGCAGGUCUCCGCCUUCCGCUCCGGGUUGGGCGUCUUCUUCGACGAGGAUCUGCUGUCCACCCUCCGCACUUGCUGCACGGUCGCCGAGGUGCAGCUACUCAUCUGCGGCCAGGCUGCGAUCGACGUCGACGACUGGGAACAGUUCACGGUCUACGACCCGCCCGGCUACCGCCAAUCGAGCACCGUGGUGUCUCUCUGGAAGGUGGUUCGCGCGAUGUCAGUCGAGGAGCGCGCGCAGCUGCUCCAUUUCGCCACCGCCUCGACGCGGCCGCCAGCCACCGGCUUCGCCUCGCUCAUGGGCUACGGAGGCGCCGAGCAGCGCUUCACGGUGACGCGCUUUGACGGCCCCAGCGCCACCGAGAGGCUGCCGACGGCAUCGGCCUGCUUCAACCGGCUCUACUUGCCCGAGUACGGCAGUGAGGCUGAGUUGCGCGCCAAGCUGAGGCUCGCGCUGACGGAGUCGCACGGCUUCGCCGAGGCGGCGGUGGCCACGUGA